GAGGGAGGUAUUUUCUGACGGGUGGCUUCACUGAAGACUCGACAGCUCGAGGUUUGAGGACUGCUCUGCCUUCAUCUCCUGUAAGGGUCCCGCGAACGGAUUCGAGCUGGAUUUUUGACAGGUAGGACCAACCAAAAUGUGGAUGUGAUGUAUUCAAACACACUGAACUCUUAAGUGGACCUAUAAUGAUCUGCCUACGAAGAAACGAGAAGGGUGCAAGCCACCACAGACGCACCGCGGACUCUUGUUGUCUGAGGAAUGAUAACAAAUGAACGACACGGAAAGGAACAUGGUUGAAAGGACCAGUAAAUUUAUGUUGAUCGUCGUCGGAUCGGUCUUCUUCAUGUUGAUUUUGUACCAGUACGUUGCGCCAGGGGUGAUAAACUUCGGAUCCCCGCAGGGGUACCUUCUCGGCGAAGAGGACAUGACCAUUUUCCCCACUCCGGAUCCGCACUAUGUGAAAAAGUACUACUUCCCUAUUAAAGAGCUCGAGCGCAACAUAGAUUUCGAAAUCAAGGGGGAAGACGUGAUUGUGUUUCUCCACAUCCAAAAGACCGGCGGGACUACCUUCGGAAGGCAUCUAGUCCAAAACGUUCGACUGGAGCUUCCGUGUGAUUGUAGACCGGGCCAGAAGAAGUGUACUUGCUACCGUCCGAACCGAAAGGAGACCUGGCUGUUCUCUCGGUUCUCCACCGGCUGGAGUUGCGGCUUGCACGCGGACUGGACCGAGCUCACCAACUGCGUCCCGGGAGUUCUCAACAAGAAAGAAAGCAAGUCGAAAAAAACGAGAAAGUUCUAUUACAUCACUCUACUGAGAGACCCCGUUUCCCGUUACCUUAGCGAAUGGAGGCACGUCCAGCGUGGGGCAACAUGGAAGACGUCCUUGCACAUGUGCGACGGACGGACGCCAACGCCCGAAGAGUUGCCGGCCUGUUACGAGGGCUCAGACUGGUCGGGGUGCACUUUGCAGCAGUUCAUGGACUGCCCCUACAAUCUCGCCAAUAACCGCCAAGUACGCAUGCUGGCCGACCUCAGCCUCGUUGGAUGCUACAACCUCUCCACAGUUCCUGAGAAGAGGCGCUCACAGCUGCUGCUCGAAUCAGCCAAGAAAAACCUACGAGACAUGGCUUUCUUCGGCCUGACAGAGUUCCAGCGGAAGACACAGUACUUGUUCGAGCGCACCUUCCACCUCAAGUUCAUCCGGCCCUUCAUGCAGUACAACAGCACGCGGGCGGCCGGCGUAGACCUGGAAAACGACACGAUACAGCGCAUCGAGGAGCUCAACGACCUGGACAUGAAGCUGUAUGACUAUGCCAAAGACCUGUUUCAGCAACGCUACCAGUACAAGCACAUGCUGGACCGCCGGGAGCAGAGACUACUGAGAGGACAGGCAUCUUUCCACAGCCCGUUCCGAGAGGACGGAGCGAGAGGAGAGGGUACGGCACGCCUGCCAACUGAGGACUACAUGAAUCACAUCAUCAACGGAUGGUAACCGCCCACCCCUCUCCAGAGAGACCAAAAAAAGAGACACAGUUACAAGGAGAGGGGGAUUAAACAGACCCAAGUGGAAGAUCCAUUCCCAGAUGGGAGAGUUCGACAUCCCAUACUUUGGGCGGGGAAUAUGGGACCAGGAACAUUCAAGAAAUGAGCGUUUCGCUUAGUGCCCCAUCUCAUAGGCCUUUUUUAAACAAAAGUUAUGGCAUAACAUUAAUAUUAAAUUAUUAUCGAUUUUG